UGGUGAUGGUCCAAAGCCAGGCCGAUGUUGAUACUUCUAUAGUUUACCAGAAAUUUGACUUCCAACCGGCUUGGAUGAAAACAAAAGAAUAUUGGGACGACACCUUUGAAAGGAGAUACAGCAAAAUAAAGCAAGAUCCAAACCGACCACACCUUAAGGUGAUCCUGGUGCCUCAUUCCCACAACGAUCCAGGAUGGUUAAAGACUUUCGAACACUAUUUUGAAUCAGAAACUAGAAAUAUUCUGAACCACUUGGUCAACAAGAUGAGGCAGCAUGACAAUUUAACGUUUAUCUGGUCGGAGAUCAGUUUUUUGCAAGCUUGGUGGGAUCAAGUGCAUCCCACGAAACAAAAGGCGUUUAAAAAGUUUGUCCAAGCUGGAAGAAUAGAAAUAACAACCGGCGGUUGGGUUAUGACUGACGAAGCCAACGUGCACUUGUUUGCAAUGUGGAACCAACUUGUAGAAGGUCACCAAUGGUUAAAACUCAACCUGAAUAUUACACCAACAACAGGCUGGUCAAUCGAUCCUUUUGGGCACGGCAGUACAUUUCCCUACAUUUUGAGCAAUUCUGGUUUCCAAGGUACCAUAAUUCAGAGAAUUCAUUACGCUUGGAAGCAAUGGUUUGCUUGGAAGAGAUUUGGAGAUUUUAUGUGGGUUCCUGGAUGGGAAGUUACUGUAAGGCAACCAAAAAGUGCAAUGUUAACUCACAAUAUGCCUUUUGAUAUUUAUUCGAUCAAACAUUCCUGUGGACCUCAUCCAUACACAUGCUUGAACUUUGAUUUUAGGAAAAUUGGAGGUGAAUACACUGAGUACUCCAUCAAAGCACAAUUUAUUGACAAAAAUAAUUUACGAGAAAAGGCAGAAUUGUUAUUGGAGCAAUACUCGAAGGCUGCUAGUCUGUUUCCUCAUAACGUGGCACUUGUACCAAUUGGAGAUGACUUCAGAUAUAAUCACGAAGUCGAAUUCGACCAGCAAUACACAAACUACAAACUUCUAGUCGACUUCAUAAAUGAAAACAGCAAACGAUAUGGAACUGAAAUAUCCUUCGGUACUCCUCGAAAUUAUUUUGAAGCAAUCGAAAAACGAACAUCAGAGGCUCAACAACGGUUUCCGACAGUUGCCGGAGAUUUCUUUGUGUAUUCAGAUAUAUUCACUGAAGGUCGACCUGCUUAUUGGUCAGGAUACUUUACUACCAGACCAUAUUUGAAGAUACUGGACAGAACUGUUGAACAUAACUUAAGGAAUGCUGAGAUUUUAUACACAAUAGCCACCAAUAGGGCACGUCAACAGAAAUACUCUUCGCAUUUGAGAAUCCUUGAAAAACACUACGACAGUCUGACUCGUGCCAGAAGGCAUUUGGCAUUAUUCCAGCACCAUGAUGCCAUUACUGGAACUUCCAAACAUGCUGUCAUGAGAGACUAUGGAUUGAAACUGUUUGAAGCUUUGCAAAUUGCCAAUAAGAUACAAGAAGACUCCAUCGAGAGUUUACUUGUUGAACACAAGGAAAAAGACAAAGACGAUUUGAAAGGUUUUAUUUUGAAGGAUAUCGAGAAGGAGAGUUAUGACAAAUUGGAUAGAAAGGUUCCUAUAUCGAUGUCGAGAGAAAAGAGACAAAUCGUGAUGUUCAACUCGCUUCCACAAGAACGUUCUGAAGUCGUCAUAAUACGCGUGAAUGAUACCAAAAUAGCAAUUCUUGACGACCAGAACAAUGAGGUGCGCAUACAAAUCAGUCCUGUCUGGAACACAUCUACGACUCUACCACAAUGGACAAUAUCCGAUAAAGAAUUUGAAAUAUCCUUCAUAGUCCGCCUACCACCUUUAAGUUUAUCUACAUACUCCAUAAUCACCACCAAGCAAGAAGAUCCCAAAAACUUUGCGACUAUCUACUGCGACAAAUGUUUUGGAAAAUCAGACAAACACAAUUUCCAUCAAGGAACUCCUGAUGAAAUGAUUCAAAGUUUUAACAAAUCUUUUACCAAACAAGACGAUGGUAGAAAGUCGAAGUUCCAAUUUAAACCAAUGCAACCGGGUGAUGUCCAAUUAGAAAACAGAGAUUUGAGACUUUUGUUCGAUGGUAGAAGUGGAUUUUUGAAGACUAUAACGCAUAAAAGUUUUUUGAAGAACAAGGACAAUGCUGAUGGGGCUUCAAAGAAAUAUACGACUAGGAAUGUUAUGUGCAAUGUAAAAUUCGGAGCUUAUGUCAGCGCCCAGUUCCACUCUGGUGCCUACUUGUUUAAACCUGAUCCGAACACUUUGGAACCGGAAAGGGAUAUUUUGAAAGGCCUCUCUCCUGGUCUAAUGAUAAUAAGUGGUCAAAUAUCAAGCGAACUAACAGCCUUGUACAACGGAUUCAUAUCACACACAACAAGAAUAUACAAUUUCAAAAACGAUUACCAUCCUUCCAAAAAUAGUGAAUUAAUGCGUGCUGUAUACUUAGAAACCUUGGUCGACUUUGGAGAACCUCCUAAAUACAGGGAAACUGAACUGUUCCUUAGAUUACAAACAAAUAUCGACAAUGGUGACACACCAGUGUUCUACACUGAUUCCAAUUCUUUCCAAUACCAUAAAAGGACUUUAGUACCAGCAAUUGGUCCUGAAGGCAACUAUUACCCGAUAACAAGUAUGGCUUUCAUUCAGGAUGCAAAAACCAGAGUGACUUUGAUAACUGAUCAUGCACAAGGUGCAGCAAGUUUGGAACCAGGUUAUUUGGAAGUAAUGUUGGAUCGAAGAACUUUGUACGAUGAUUCUCGAGGAAUGGGUGAAGGACUCAUUGACAACAAACCGACUGUAUUUAAAAACUGGUUGCUGGUGGAAAGUGUUCAUUCGAAGGAAAAUGAAGAAUAUCAACUACCAAGUUUGGCAGCUACACGAUUAGCAGAUGCCUUGAACUAUCCUCUAAACAUCUACUCUGUCGAAGAACCAAAUGCAAGCUGUAAAAGUCGAGUACCUUUAAUAUCACAUCCUUUACCUUGCGACAUGAGAUUGAUCAAUCUGAGAAUACUAAGCGAUGAAACAUAUCAUCAAUUUCCUGGUUCGAAUGCUCUGUUGAUGUUGCACAGACAGGGUUACAGUUGUCGAAUAGGUGGUACAAAUCCUUUAGACACUUGUCACAAUACAAGAAUGCAUCCUGAUACUACAUUGACUGAUGUUAAAAUAAAGAAAGUAACAGAAACCAGUCUGACUGGUGUUAAGGAUUUGGAAGCUGUUAAAAGCUUGGGAGAUAUUUUUGUUGAGAAAAUGGAUUUGGCAAUGUACAGGAUAGAUUUUGAAGAGUAGAAAAAAUAUUUAUAUAUAGCGU